AUGCCCAUAUCAGACGGCCUCGGACCCUCGUGGAAGAUAAACUGGCAGCAGACACGACUCCUUCACCGCGCGUCCUUCGUCACUGCAGCCCCAUUGUCUCUUAUCUCGGCACUGUCGACCGAGAUACAAAUGUCUUUCUGGCGAGCUCGCGGUGCUGCCGUAGCGGACUACCCCCGAGAAUUACCCCCGAGGACUACCCCCGAGAAUUACCCUGGAGGACUACCCCCCCGAGAAUUACCCCCGAGGACUACCCCCCCCCCCGAGAAUUACCCUGGAGGACUACCCCCCCCGAGAAUUACCUCCGAGGACUACCCCCCCCGAGAAUUACCCCCGAGGACUACCCCCCCCGAGAAUUACCCCCGAGGACUACCCCCCCCGAGAAUUACCCCCGAGGACUACCCCCCCAGAAUUAUCCCCCCCGAGAAUUACCCCCGAGAAUUACCCCCGAGGACUACCCCCCCAGAAUUACCCCCGAGGACUACCCCCCCCAGAAUUACCCCCGAGGACUACCCCCGAGGACUACCCCCCCGAGAAUUACCCCCGAGGACUACCCCCCCAGAAUUACCCCCGAGAACUACCCCCCCCCCGAGAAUUACCCCCGAGGACUACCCCCCGAGAAUUACCCCCGAGGAGUUCCCCUCCGAGAAUUACCCCCGAGGACUACUCCCCCAGAAUUACCCCCGAGGACUACCCCCCCCAGAAUUACCCCCGAGGACUACCCCCGAGGACUACCCCCCCAGAAUUACCCCCGAGAACUACCCCCCCCCCCCCCCGAGAAUUACCCCCGAGGACUACCCCCCCGAGAAUUACCCCCGAGGAGUUCCCCCCCGAGAAUUACCCCCGAGGACUACCCCCCCCAGAAUUACCCCCGAGGACUACCCCCCCCCAGAAUUACCCCCGAGGACUACCCCCCCAGAAUUACCCCCGAGAACUACCCCCCCCGAGAAUUACCCCCGAGGAUUACCCCCCGAGAAUUACCCCCGAGGAGUUCCCCCCCGAGAAUUACCCCCGAGGACUACCCCCCCCAGAAUUACCCCCGAGAAUUACCCCCGAGGACUACCCCCGAGAAUUACCCCCGAGGACUACCCCCCAGAAUUACCCCCGAGGAGUUCCCCCCGAGAAUUACCCCCGAGAACUACCCCCCCCCCGAGAAUUACCCCCGAGGAGUUCCCCCCCGAGAAUUACCCCGAGGACUACCCCCGAGAAUUACCCCCCCCCCCCGAGAAUUAUCCCCAAGGAGUUCCCCCCCGAGAAUUACCCCCGAGGACUACCCCCGAGGAGUUCCCCCCGAGAAUUACCCCCGAGGACUACCCCCGAGAAUUACCCCCGAGGAGUUCCCCCCCGAGAAUUACCCCCGAGGACUACCCCCCAGAAUUACCCCCGAGAACUACCCCCCCCCGAGAAUUACCCCCGAGGACUCCCCCCCCGAGAAUUACCCCCGAGGAGUUCCCCCCCGAGAAUUACCCCUGA